AUGGUUGACUUUACCCCCCUGAACGAGGUGGAGACCGAGCCCACGGACGUGAAGAUGGAAGACGCGAGUGAGAACGAGCUUUCCGAGGAGGAAAACACGACUCCCACCACCGAGUCGUCUCAGGAAGCCUGCGAGGCCGACGUGAAGCUUGAAGUCGAGGGAGACCAGACCCCCAAAGCUGCCAAGGGCAAAGGAGCCAAGGGGAAGGCCAUGAACGGCAAAAAGGCCAACGGGCCUGUCAAGGAAGAAAAGGAGGAAAAAACCCCCGUGACGCCUCGCAAGAGAGGCCGCAAAGGCAAGACAGCCGGUGAAGGAGUCGGCACCGUGACGGCCGAAGAGGCUGACGACGAAGCGGAGACGCCUUCGAAGAAGAAGCGCGGGACCCCCGGCAAGGGCACCCCCGGCAAAGCAGGGAAGCGCGCCCUGCCCGGCUCCCUCGAAGAAGCGAGCGAGGAAGACAAGAUGAUGCUUCGCAUGAGGGACGAGGAGAACAAGCCGUGGAGCGAGAUCAGGGCCGCAUGGGAAGAGAUCACGGGCGAGGCCGUGGGAGGCAGCACCCUGUCCAACCGGUACCAGCGUAUCAAGGCGAACUUUACCGAGGCGAAGUUGCUGCAGGUCAAAAUGGAGAUCGAGGAGAAGUUCGAGAGCGAGAAGUGGUGCCGCAUCGCAGACGCCAUGGAGAGCGCAGGUGGGAAGCGAUACCCUGCCGCUGCCCUCCAGAAGAAGUUCAAGGAGCUGGGCCGGAAGAAAGGCACGGGAGCAGACGAGUAA